AAGUUGUAAAGUUUUCAAGGAAAGAAAACAUGUCUCUUGUCACAGAAGAAAUCAGAGCCAAGGCAGAGAUGUACCGUGGAGAUGAGAUAUGUAAAGAGAAAUCUCAGGAGUUGCUGAGGGAGUUGGGGUUGCCAAAUGGGUUGUUGCCCUUACAUGACAUUGAGGAGUGUGGGUAUGUGAAAGAGACGGGUUUUGUGUUGCUGAAACAGAACGACAGCAUAACCCACAAAUUUGAAAGGAUUGGGAAGCUGUGAGUUACGCAACUGAGGUCACUGGGAAUUAUAUAAUAAUAUAUCAUGUGUGUAAUCAAAAGUGAUAUGUAUAACAUUUGCUCAAUUUAUAGUCUAAAAAGUGUGUGGGUAUAUAUAUACUGAAGUUGUUGAAAGAAAGAAAACAUGUCUCUUGUCACAGAAGAAAUCAGAGCAAAGGCAGAGAUGUACCGUGGAGAUGAGAUAUGUAAAGAGAAAUCUCAGGAGUUGCUGAGGGAGUUGGGGUUGCCAAAUGGGUUGUUGCCAUUACAUGACAUUGAAGAGUGUGGGUAUGUGAAAGAGACGGGUUUUGUGUGGCUGAAACAGAAGAACAGCAUAACCCACAAGUUUGAAAAGAUUGGGAAGCUAGCGAGUUACGCAACUGAGGUCACUGCUGUUGUUGAACCCAGCAAGAUCAAGAAACUCACUGGGGUGAAGACCAAAGAGCUAUUUGUUUGGAUAAGACUGAGUGAUAUAUAUAUUGCUGAUCCAUCAAGUGGGAAGAUCACUUUUCAGACUCCUGCCGGGCUCAAUAGGUCUUUCCCUGUUUCUGCUUUUCAGGUUGAAGAGAAAGAGAAGGAUGUAAAGGACGAAGACAAUAAGGAAACGAAUGAAGCUAUGCCAGUUAAGGAUGUAAAGGACGAAGACAACAAGGAAAUGGAUGAAGCUUUGCCAGUUAAGGAUGUAAAGGACGAAGACAACAAGGAAAUGAAUGAAGCUGUGCCAGUUAAGGUUGUAGAGGACGAAGACAACAAGGAAAUGAAUGAAGCUUUGCCAGUUAAGGAAUUAAAGGACGAAGAUAACACGGAUAUGAAUGAAGCUGUGCCAGUUAAGGAUGUGUAAUAAGCUUCAUCUCAUUCUCUGUAGUGUUUCUUCAUGUGCCCUUUUUAUGUACUGUUCCGUCCUCUUCCUUGUGUUACCCAUUAAAUAAGAAAAAAUAGUAAUAUAAUUUUAUAAGGUGUUUCCUGGUUUGAGUUUCGCA